AUGAGCUCAGGCGACAAUGCAAACGGUUGGUCAACCGUCCCACUAAUCAUCAAUGGGAAAGAUGUCAUCUCAGAAACAUCGUUUCCUGUAAAUAGCCCUUCCAACUCUGAAAAGCUCUGGAGUGGUUCAUCUGCUUCAAUCAAUGAUGCAACCGGGGCUGUCGAGGCCGCCCAAGCGGCUUUCAUGUCGUGGUCUCAGACAAAGCCCAGUUUUAGACGGGACAUCAUGUUCCGGGCCGCAGAUCUCUUUAUCAGCAGAAAAGAGAAAUUGUUCGCCUACCAAGCCCAGGAGACGGGUGCGGGGCGGAAAUUUAUGGAGAUCAACAUCAACGCUACGGCGCAGAUCCUGAGGGAUAUCGGAGGAAGAAUCGAGGCGGCAGUUGAAGGUUCGGUUCCUGCGACGGCCGAGCAGGGGUCCCAUGCCAUUGUAGUCAAGGAACCGUACGGCGUUGUUCUCGCAAUUGCCCCGUGGAAUGCCCCAUACGUGCUCGGCGCACGAUCAAUUGCGUUUGCCCUCGCAACGGGAAAUACAACAGUUCUCAAGGGUUCUGAGCUGAGCCCGCGCGUUUUCUGGGCAAUCGGCGACAUCUUUCGACAGGCUGGGCUGCCGGACGGUUGUCUCAACGUCAUUUAUCACCGAACGGCGGAUGCCGCUGCGGUGACAGAAGCCUUGAUUGCGCAUCCCGCGAUUAAGAAGAUCAAUUUCACUGGUAGUACUCUUGUCGGAAGCAUCAUCGCCAGUUUGGCGGGGAAGCACGUCAAGCCGCUUUUGCUUGAGCUGGGUGGAAAAGCGAGUGCCAUCGUCCUCAAAGACGCCGACGUGAAAAAGGCCGCGACAAGUUGCGCUGUGGGCGCGUUUAUCCACGGCGGUCAGGUGUGCAUGUCGACGGAACGCAUUCUCGUGCACAGAUCGAUUAGUGACGAGUUCAGCGCUGCACUCAAAGAGGCAACGCAGGGGCUCUUCGGGUCCGAGAAGCCGCCGUUUGUGCUAGGUCUCGUCGCCGACGCGGUCGCCAAGGGCGCGACGACCCUCCUGGGCGACGCCGAGGCUGUGGAGGACCAGCCCACCAAGAUGAGACCCGUCAUCGUCUCCAACGUGUCCAAGGAAAUGAACAUCUACCACACCGAGUCCUUCGGGCCUACCGUGUCCCUCCUGACCUUUGACACCGAGGACGAGGCUCUCUCGAUCGCCAAUGACACCGACUACGGGCUCUCGGGGGCUGUAUUCUCCGAGGACUUAAAGGCCGCUAUGAGGGUCGCUAGGAAGUACGAAUCUGGGGCGGUCCACAUCAACUCCAUGACCGUGCACGACGAGGCGUCGCUGGUGCACGGCGGGGCUAAGAAGAGUGGCUACGGAAGGUUCAAUGCCGCGCAAGGACUGGCUGAGUUUCUGAGGUACAAGACCAUCACUUGGAGCGAGGUAUGUAGACACCGAGUAAAGCCCGAAGCCCAUUGUCAAUGCUGGCAGCAUCUCAUCUUGUGCAGGCGUCGCAACAAUUCCCACCCUGGAGCUUCUCGUCCGAAAGGAUCAAAGAACGGCUCUGCGCGAGCAUCACCUGCCACGACGACGGCCCGAGGACAGCAAGAUCGUCAUUCAGAAGGAGUCAACGACGCAAUUGAGGAGCGCGGUGAGUCUCCGACAAACAAUGAGGUAGAUGGAUCUCAGAGCAGCCAGGCUAAUUCGCUGGACAUCGCCAUGCCCUCGCAGCCCGACAUGUUCCCUGCCUAUCUUUCAGGGAGUCCCCUAGAAUUCAACGCUUCAUUUAUGGACCCCGACCUCAUCAACCCCAAUCUUUCCGCCAUGUUCGAUCUCGACGCGCUUCUGGCGGAUGCCCAAGGACUUUUUGGCGAAGUACCAAGCUGCAAUCCCCGGGAACUACCGAUACUAGCCCUGGAGCCACCGAUACCCAACAGGCCAACUACUCUCGGUCAGACAGACAAAUCUUCUACCCCGCGCAACCUCGUCCCCAACGACAAUAAAUGUGAGAAUGCUUGGGCCAACCUCACAAAAUAUCCGGUCCACAUACUCGCUUCGCUUCGCUUUCCUUCCAAAUAUGCCGUGAGGCGGUUUGUCAAGGCCUUUUUUAAGCAUAUUGCUCCUCAUAUACCCAUCAUACAUGAGCCGACCUUUGACAUCGCCACAACGCCAUCUCCCCUCCUGCUUGUUGUAAUGGCCUGCAGCGCCAUAUAUCUCGGUGAACACUCCAGGGCUACAUCGAUGCAUACCAUCUCCGUGCAACUUGUUUUCGAGCAUGAACGGGUGAUUGCAUUCAGCAAGGUCGACCCCGAGACUCUAACGUGGAUGCUGCAGACAUAUUUUCUCCUCGCUUAUUUUGAGAUUCACUGCGGUUCGGAAGGCAAGAGAGCACACGCGUUUCCUCACUGCGUCAAGCUUACACAAGAAGCACUCAACGAGCUACAGACGUGUCCGCCCACCACGUAUAAGGAUUGGGUGCGCUGGGAGAGUCUAAAUAGGUGUAUCUCAUCUACGAUACUCAUAGGUGGCACCGUCUGCUCAAAGGAACAGGAAGCAUGGAUUCCAACACCUAUGGUCGAAGCCAGAUUCGCCCUCCCGUCAAGCAACGCAGAGUGGCUAAAAGAAGAGUCCAGCUGGGGCACCCCGACCGAAGUAUUAUACAGUAACGAUGCGCUGGACAGCAUCAUCGCCGGCCAACCACCGUCCAUGCCAGUCAGCGAAUUCGGUCUCGUAACCAUCGUGUCUACCCUUCUCUACAGGAUAUGCUCAUCUGAGCUACUAACAGGCUCACGCGACGGGGAGCUCUACGCUAAAUUCGGCAAGAAGAUGGAGCAGUCAUUGCAGGUGCUAGAUGCAAUUCUCAAAGCUCGUACGAUCCAGGAUGAUGGCGGACUGGCCCCGAAUCCCACCGUUCACUGCGCCAGAUCAUUACUGAACUCAGCUUUCUACCAUCUUUACGGUAGCGUUCCGCUGUCUGUCAUGAAGAAGAUACUCUGGUCGCCUGCGAGUCUCGAUGAUCCUGAGAUCAUGCAUCUUUUAAACGAGGCAAUCUCACCUGAACUCUACCAGGCACUCUUCAAUGCAGCAGACCAGCUAAGAUUCGACUGCCGCGUGGGUCUAUCUUACAUUAAAAAAAUAGCGCCCAUAAUAUUCGGGCCCGAAAGUGUGGUCGGCACUUUAGAGGGCUGCCUGCUUCUUUGCUGGUACCUUCAAUUCGCGCAAUCUCGUGUUUCACAGGUCGAAUCACGCGAUAUUCUCAACGCAUUGAUAAAUGAGAGUUUUGCAGAAGUUACGGACCUGCAAUUGGAGGAUCACGGCCUACAAUCAGUCUUACCGCUUGCCGUAUUAGCAGAGCUUCUCUCGGAUGGCUCAAUGUGGAAGUGGCCUUCUUCUGUGUCGCAAAAGCUGAAAUCGUUAAUCAAGAAAUUGGAGGAUUCGGACACUACCAUACACGUUGCAACAGCCUACCCACCAUAGCGACAAACAUUGCUACAGUACUCCGUACAUCUAAUGUCAAUGUAACAUAAAAUAUCCUCAAUUAGUUGGCCGUCUUAGUUUAUUCGGACUCAUUCCGUAUUCGGGGGAGCAGUGGUGAUCAACGUAGCAUGGAAUCUUUUCGGGUCCAAAGUCGAGGAAGUAUUUUUGAGAUAUUAACAGCACGCACUCGAUAUCUUAUAUAUAUCAUCAUAUCUUUUCUCUCUCAUUGCCGUGCACAAAAUUCCUUCAUUAUCGACCUCAUCG